ACGUAGCGAGACUUCUUGUCGCGACGGCCAUUUGGCGAAUGCGCGAUCCCGAAAGGAAAAGAGGGGCCGAAUAAGGAGAACCGCUCGUGGCAGACCCAUCCCUCCAACGGCAGCAGAGGCCCCUGCAUUGUAGCUGCGGAGCUUUUAUUCGCCGUUCUCGGGGAAGACAGGCCGGAGCCGCUACGCCCUCCCCGCCGAAGGAAGAGGCGGCGACGCGGCUGGUGACGUCGCGGCUGGUGUUCGGUGCGGGCGGGCGCCCCCGGCUGUUUCCGGAGGAAGGAGAAGCGCAGGCGGCGAGCGAGCGGCCCCAUCCCCCACCCGCAGGGAGGGAGUGCGGCAGCGGCGGCGGCGCAGAAAGGCCCGACGAGGAGGAGGAGGCGGCGGCGAAGGAGGAACAGGACGAACCCCCGGCCGCGGCGGCCACCACCACGACGACAACAGCAACUCGCCCUCGCAGCGGAAAGGAUGGCGCUGAAACGCAUCAACAAGGAACUUAGUGACUUGGCUCGUGACCCACCAGCGCAGUGUUCUGCAGGCCCAGUUGGAGAUGACAUGUUUCAUUGGCAAGCCACAAUUAUGGGCCCUAAUGACAGUCCAUAUCAAGGCGGUGUUUUCUUCCUGACAAUUCACUUUCCUACAGACUACCCUUUCAAACCACCUAAGGUUGCAUUUACGACAAGAAUUUAUCAUCCAAAUAUUAACAGUAAUGGCAGCAUUUGUCUCGACAUUCUAAGGUCACAGUGGUCUCCUGCUCUAACUAUUUCUAAAGUUCUCUUAUCCAUUUGUUCACUGCUAUGUGACCCCAAUCCAGAUGAUCCCCUAGUGCCAGAGAUUGCACGUAUCUAUAAAACAGACAGAGACAAGUACAAUAGGUUAGCAAGAGAAUGGACAGAGAAAUACGCUAUGCUGUAGGGUACAACAGAAUAUCUCGAGAAUGGACUCAGAAGUAUGCCAUGUGAUACUACCUUAAAAGUCAGAAUAACCUGCAUUAUAGCUGGAAUAAACUUUAAAUUACUGUUCCUUUUUUGAUUUUCUUAUCCGGCUGCUCCCCUCUCAGACCUCAUCUUUUUUUUUUGUUUUUUUUGUUUUUUAUUUACCUCUCUCCAUUCAUGCACAUGCUCACCUGAGAAGACUAGCUCUUCCAGCUUUGGACAAUAACUGCUUUUUAGAAUCUGUAAAGUAGUUAUACAAGAACAGUUGCCCAAGAUUCAGAAUUCUUUAAAUGGAGCAUGUGUGUUGUGGCCAAUGUCUUCACUCUUAACUUGGUUAUGAGGUUGAAAUCAUUCCUCACUGCUCUUAACAGUUCUACUGAAGAUAUCACCCAAAGGGAAGGGAGAUGGAUGUGCAGAUUGCUCACAUCACAGGAAAUAACAUUGCUGUAGCAUCAUCCAUCUUAUUUAAAACCUUUCCAGUGUUAGAGACUGAGGUUUCAUGACAUAACUUGCACUCAUAACUGGUGUGCUGGAGAAUUGGUACAGAACCUGUAGCAUCAGCAGAACAGAACACGCGAUGUAUCUUAUGCAUGUCAAUAAAGGAAUGACCAGUUCUUGUUCUACAGAGAAUGGAAUUUGGAAAUCCAACAUCCCUUGUAUUCCAAAAUAGGGUCUACGAACAUUUUUGUAACUCAUUUAAAUUUUGUUAGGAUGCUUGGAGCUAUUAGUUAAUCUGUCUUCCACAACACUUUAAUAUAGCACUGAAUAAAUGAUGCAAGUUGUCAAUGGAUGAGUGAUCAACUAAUAGCUCUUCUAGUAAUUGAUUUUAUUUUCUUCAAUAAAGUUACAUAAACCAAUGAGUUAGCUGCCUGGAUUAAUCAAUAUGGGAAACAAAAUCUUUUGUAAAAGCAAAGGUGGUUUUUGUAUAUACUUGUUGGGAUUUGCCUCAUUGUUUGACAUCAAAUAAUGAUGUGAAGUUAGUAGAGUGAACCUUUUUGCCAUGUUCAGUUAUAAUACUUGGUCUGUUUUUCAGGCUGACACAUUGAUCAGCCCUGGAGUAUGCAGAACUAAUAAGCUAAUCUAGUAGUGUAGACUUUAGUGUGCUACACAAGGUACUGGGAGCCAAGAGUUCAAAUGUGGACUUGGGACCCAGCUGAUAUAUGUACUGGUGUAUUGUGGAGGCACAUCCGGAUGCACCCAGCUUGUUGACUGAGAAGCUUUUCUUCACCUUGUACACUUGACAGCUGAAAGAUCUUUAUGUGGGAGUAAUGAGGCAAAAUUUGCAAAAUAAAGUACUGUUUUGAUGUGGGAAUUGUCAUGAGGUUGUGUUGAAGUGACUUUUCUAUGUGGGAUGCUUGCUAUCCAUUGAAGGAUUAUUUACCGUGCUGCCACUUAACAUUAAUGAACAUUUUUGCUGCAGUUGGUCACUCGUUCUGGUGGCUAAAAUGAAUGAAUAAAAGUCAUUGCUAUUGGA